AUGGGGGUAUUUACCCUUUUAUUGGCUGGAGGGGCCUUCUUAUGUUCAUCUAGUAGCCCCUCCUUCUUUGCUACUGCAGCAUCUGCAUCAGCAGCAGCAGGACCUGAAUCAAAGACCUAUAAUCUUCCUUCUGGAGGUUCUCUACAUAUACAAGUUAGUAGAGAUGUAUUACCACCAACAGCAACAACAGCAACUUCUUCUUCUUUUUCUUAUGGUACUCCUCUUAGUAUCCCUGGUGCAACAGGAUCUUAUGGUCAAUAUAUCCUUACAGACAAUGUUGAAUAUCGUAGUGGCGAGGUUCCUAUAUUGCAGCAAGCAACAGGAGCAGCAGCAGCAGCAGCAACAGGAGGUCCUUCUUUUCUUCCUAGUACCUUUAUUUCCUCUGGUGCCCCUCUCCCUACCUCACAAAUAAUCUAUGGAUGGGUACCGGACCCUGACGCCGCUACUUCUUCUCUUGCUUCUCUUAAUGCAGCAGAACUAAAUAAUGCACUAAGGAGUCCUGCAUUCGUUAAUAAACUAAGGACACGUGCUAUGGUGGAGAAGUCUUGCAAUAUCCCCUUAGCUGUAGAUGAUCGUAGUUAUUUAGAGUCUUUUUAUUUAUCAUUAAUAGCAGAGAGAAGAUUUAGGGAAAGAGAAGAAGAAGAAAAAAAAGAAAUAGAGGAAGAAUUACAUCAGCAGCAAAUUGCUGCAGCAAAUAUGAAUUAUGCAAGAUCUGCUGCUGCUAGAGCAAAUAUAGAGAAAGGAAAAACAGGAACAGGAAGAGGAGGAGAAAUAACAGGAGCAGAAGAAGAGGAAGAAGAAGAAGAAACAGCAGCAGCAUUACGUUAUCAAGAAACAGUAGAUAGAAUAAUGUCAUCAAGAUUAGAGGUUCUUCUUACAUGCAAGCUUGCUGCACUAUUAGCACAACCUAAUCUUUUUCUUAAUAAAAAUAUUCAAUCAAUUAAAUUAUUAGAAUUAAUUGCUGCAGCAUUAGGUGUUGCAGAUAAUAAUAGUACAGAUGUACUAGCAACAGCUAAUGCAGCAGCAGCAGCAGCUACAGCUGCUACAGCAGGGAGAUCUGCUCCUGGUGGUGCUGCUCCUUCGGGUGUAUCCGCAACUCCUAUGUUUGGAGGAAUUGAACCUUUUCUUGUUGCUUCUAAUCCUAUCACAACUGGACAUUUAUUAACAUUAAUGAUAGGUUAUUUAGAGCGUAAUUCUUUCUUUGGUCCUGAUGCACGUAAACCCUUUUAUAAUUUUAGUACAUUAAUAGGAGGAGGAGGAGGAGAAGGAGGAAUAACAAUGUUAGAUGAGAUGUGUAGUAUAGAUAGAGAUAAGGACGAUAUGGAGCAAGAAAUGCUAAGUUAUUCAAUACCUGUAGAGCCAUUAGUAGAUGCAGCAACAAAUGCAGCAAGAAUACAAAUAAAAACAUGCAGAGGAGGAGCAGCAAAUUGUUUAUUUAAUAAUUCAAUUCUUAAUCCAUUACUUAAUCCUCUUGAUGUUAAUAAUAUUAUACAAAAUACUAAGACAAGAGAGGCAUUCAAUUUCUAUACAGGGCUUGCAAGUGCACAAAUAGGGAAUCUAUUAGAGGAUGCAGGUCCUCGUUAUUAUGAUAUAAGAGCUGAGCAAUGGGUAGAUGCAUUAGCUAAACCUGCUGCUAAUACUGACAGUAAGUACACACUGCAGCAGCAGCAGCAGCAGCAGCAAUAG